AUGGUUGAGCUGCCUCUUUGGAAAUUUACUGUUGUUCUCAGUGAAGACUGAUUCAGUGUGUGCCUUUGUCAAAGUCGACUGGACAGGUGUUUUUCUGAAAGAUGGAUGUCAAGAAAAAGAACUUCUUGGAGAACCUACGUAUGAAAACUAAGUUAGUCAACUUGAAGAAGCCACGUAAGAAGCCACUUGAGAAGCAGGGGAGGAGGCUGGCCCAUCGGCGCAGUAUAUCUGUACCAGACCUAAGGUUUGUGCCAGGUGAAGCUACAGAGAAUUCCUUGCCAUCCACUGCCUCGGAAGGCAUCUUCUUUGGCACCUCCCCUGGUUUGAGUGAUACUGAUUCUAUUGCAAGUGUCUCCACCACCGACGGAUCAGUUUUCACAGACAAACUGAACGAUUCAUUUCCAGAAACUUCUCUCAGAUUUCCCACCGAUAACACAAAUGCAGCUUUGUAUAGAAAAAGUACACCAGUGGAAACACUGCUGCUUUAUGAGGAAAUUGAAGAUAUGAGAAAGAACAAGGUAAACAUGACUCAAGAAGGCCUGUAUGCACAAGUGGAUAAAAAAGCCAAGGGCAGUGUACCUACAUUUACUUUAGACCCUAUUCCUACACCAGGAUCUGUUUUUAUCAACCCACAAGUUAAUUCACAAAGGCCAGACUUUGUAGAGAGAGAGUGUCUCCAAGGUGAAGACAUCCCAGUAAACAGAUUGCUUCCAGGUAUGACCUCUGCAGCAGUGGCCAGAGCAAGCUCACUUGGUGAACAAGCGAGUCCUUACAUAGUAAGGAGGACUGCAUCGUUUGAGAAGAGAAGGCCAGCAUCUGAGACAGGGACUCCACCAUCAACCAAAAGAGCUCCUCCAAAAAAAGUGUCUCUGAUGUUAGAACCUCUGGGUACUCCUUUGGAGAGUGCUGAUGGUACCUCUUUGGACUCUGCCUGUGGCACUCCCAGUGAGGAGCGAGUCAUGCCCUGGACAACUGACUCAGAGGAACUGGACCGAGAAGCCUACUCUCCCUUUUUAAUGAGAGAGUUCUGCAAUGAAGAGGCUCUGCUGGAAGAAGCCCAGUAUGGGGAGGCCCUGGAAGAAAUGGAGAUGUCCAGUGAACCAUGUGAUUUCUUGGACGAACAUUUGAUGGAUCCUCUAGAAAACUCUCAGGGUGUGACAGGAGGGCCUGAUGUCCAAGUACCUGUUGCGGUCCAGAGAUACCUCCUGAACAUCAACCUAAAGCAGGGAAGGAACCUGGUCAUCAGAGACAAGCGCUCCGGUACCAGUGAUCCGUAUGUGAAGUUCAAACUUGAAGGGAAACAGAUCUAUAAAAGCAAAGUGGUUUAUAAAAGCCUGAAUCCACGGUGGAAUGAGUCGUUCUCCCAUCCUCUUCGAGAAAGAGACCAUAUUGUGGAAGUUCGGGUCUAUGAUAAGAAUCGGACUGCUGAUGAGUUCAUGGGUUCCAGCACCAUUUCCCUGAAAAAUCUUGAACUGUACAAAACCUAUGAAAUGGAGUUGCGUCUUAAUGAUCCAAAAAGUAAAGAAAAUGACAUGGGAGUUAUUUUGGUUGAUGUCUGCUUAAUGUUUAGAGAUGCCACCAUCAAAAGAAGUCCCAGAUGGCCACAAAGGAAGAACAAGCAGAACCAGGCCGCACCAUCACAGCGGCCUGCUGAAAUGCAGAAGAAUCAGCUGAAGAACCAGAUGUGGACCGGGGUGCUUGGUAUCACCUUGGUGGAGGGACAGGACCUGCCACAAUAUGGCCAGGGAGACAUUUACGUUCGCUUUCGCCUCGGUGAUCAGAAGUACAAGAGCAAGAACCUCUGCAUUCAGGCCAAUCCCCAGUGGAGAGAGCAGUUUGACUUCAAUCAGUUUGGAGAUAACCAGGAACCUCUGCAGGUGGAGGUAUUCUCAAAGAGAGGGAGGAAGGGUGAGGAAUCAUGGGGGAUGUUUGAGAUUGACCUCUUGAGACUUCCACUUAAUGAGAAGCAGCUCUACACUCAUGUGCUGAACCCAGGAAAGGGCAGACUGGUGUUUCUGGUCACCCUGAGAUCCUGCUGGGGAGUCUCCAUCUCUGACGUUGAAACAGCUACACUGGAGAAGCCUGAUGAGAGAGAUGCAGUGUUGGAGAAAUUUAGCUUAAAGAACUCGCACAAAAGUAUGGGGGAGAUUGGCUUCCUUCAGGUCAAGGUUAUAAAGGCAAAUGAUCUCCCUGCAACAGACAUCAAUGGAAAAAGCAACCCUUUAUGUGUUGUUGAGCUCGGUAACGGCAGACUUGAAACUCACACGGUCUACAAAACCCUCAAUCCUGAGUGGGGCAAAGCCUUUACAUUCCCAAUUAAGGACAUUCAUGAUGCGAUAGUGUUAACAGUCCUUGAUGAAAAUGGAGACAAAGCCCCAAACUUUUUGGGGAAAGUGGCCAUUCCAUUACUGACUGUUCAGAAUGGGCAGCAGAUAAGUCUGUUCUUAAAGAAGGAAGACUUGGGAAGUGUAACAAAAGGAACCAUUACGCUGGUGCUGGACAUUAUCUAUAACAAAGUCAGAGCGGGUAUCAGAACCUUCCAACCAAAAGAGGCGAAAUUAACAGAGGAAGAUCUGAAGUUCUCCAAAAAGGUUCUUGCCCGGAAUAUAUAUCGGGUUCGAAAAAUCAGCACAGCAGUUCUGUACACGUUACAGUACAUUAAAAGCUGUUUUCAAUGGGAGAGCACGCAACGGAGUCUAAUAGCCUUCCUGAUCUUCCUUGUGACGGUGUGGCACUGGGAGCUCUUCAUGUUGCCUCUGUUCCUGCUUCUGCUCAUUGGAUGGCAGUACUUCCAGCUCACUGCAGGGAAGGCCAGCUCCAACCAGGACCUAGUGAACAUGAGCAUGGGUGACGACGAAGAGGAAGACGAGAAGGAAUCCGGAAAAAAGGGUUUGAUGGAUAAGAUACAUAUGGUGCAGGAAGUGGUGCUGGUUGUCCAGAACGUUUUGGAGGAACUCGCAAACAUCGGAGAACGAAUCAAGAACAUAUUCAACUGGUCUGUCCCAUUCUUGUCGUGCCUGGCCUGCCUGGUCCUGUUUGUGGCAACGGCACUGUUAUAUCUGAUUCCACUGCGAUAUAUUGUGCUGAUAUGGGGCGUUAACAAAUUUACCAAGAAGCUGCGCAACCCAUAUACUAUUGACAAUAAUGAAAUACUGGAUUUCCUCAAGAGGGUGCCUUCUGAUGUUCAAAAGGUGCAGUACAGCGCUCUGAGAGCGCCCACCAGCCAGAGCCAGCCGCGGAAGAAAAGGUAAGCUCUGCGGACACGCUGGAUGAAAGGCUGGUCUCCUUUUGAAUACGGUACGACGCAGUCCACCUGACAACAAUGCUCCAGUGCCAGCAGAGCCCAUGACCCCAUGCACCCCACCGCACCAC